AUGAAGUCGUUCCUUCUGCGUCUACUUCUCGCCCUCGUGUGCCUGUUAGCUGUAAACUCAACUACGGCCAGCAUGAUGCGCAGACACAUGCUGGCGAAGAGUCUACAAGAGAAACCGAGCAUGAUGCAUGACGUUGAUGAUGAUGAUGAGGAGGAGGAGGAGGAUGAAGAUGACGACGACCAGAUGGACGUGAUGAAAAAAAUUCCGUGGAAGAAGAGCAUGAUGAACGAUAAGGAAGAAGAUGGUGACGCCAUAAUGGACAAGAUGGAGAGACAAGAAGGACAUAUGGAAGGAAGAGAAUUCGACGGAUUGAAUAAGAAAAUAUUUUGGGGGUGGCACUAA